UCUAUAGGAUUGAAGUGUGAAGAGAGAGCUCACAGAAGGGCAGUGUGGUCUCGCGCGUAUUUAAUCCCCAAAUAAUAAAAACACCCACCACCACCCCGCCUUCUUCUUCACUCUCCGACCACCCUUUCCCUCCCUCCACCUCCGCCUACUCUCUCUCUCUCUCUGUGCUGUAAAAGUAAAUCUAUUCCCUCCAACCCCCAUUAUUAUUAUUAUUAUUAUUAUUUUAUUUUAAUCUGAGGUUUUAUUUCUUCAAUUUUUUUUUUGUUUAUAAAUUCCAGAUAUUAUUAUCAAAUUUCAAAAUUUUUUUUUUUCUGUCUUUCUGUUUAUAGUUAUUUGAGUAUAUGAGCCUCUGAAUUUCCUAAUUCUUUUUUUUUUUGGCGGCUUUUUUGAUUUGAUCUGCUUGAUACUGCUGGAAUAGAGCUGCGAUUCGCUUUUCUUUCUUUCUUUCUUUCUAGGGUUUUUACGUAUUUGGCUUCUCUCUCCUAGGUUUUGUUAAUUCUUAUUUUAAGAUUAAGCAUAAAUUUUUAAUUGGUUUUAAUUCUCUACCUUCGUGAUCAGUUAGCUCUUAUAGAAGGUUUUGAGAGACUUUUAUCUAUCAACUGGCAAUUGGCAAGUUGAAAUUUUGAAAUUUUGUAGUGUUUGGGAUAAAGUUUUUAUAGUUUGAAGAUCAGCUAUGGCCUCGUACAGGCCUUUCCCUCCGCAAUCCUCAUUUGGGCCCUCCAAUCAGAAGCCUUUACCAGCUUCAGCUCCGGCUCCGGCUCCAGCGCCAGCUCCAGCUCCAGCUCCGCCUCCUCAAUCACAGCAGCGAGGGAAUCAAUAUAAUCAAAAUUGGGGUUACAGUGGUGGCGGCGGUGGUGGUGGUGGUGGAGGAGGCGAUGGGUCAGUGGCUUCAGCUCCUUACAGUCAAAUGCAUCCCAAUUCGACUUAUCAGCACAGUGGUUUUGGAGGGUCAUCUUCAUCACAGCACUAUGGACCUCCCAGAAGUCAACAACCUCCUCCACCACCCCCCCACCAGCAAUACUCUUAUCCUCCACCGCCGCCUCCGCCGGACUCUUCGUAUCCACAGCCGCCACCACCUCCUGCACCCUCAAUGCAGCAAAAUUCUACUUGUUUACAGCCUCCACAACCUCCUAUGUACUAUCCCUCCUCUCAGUAUUCUCAGUACAGCAAUCACCAGCCAAUGCAGCCACUCCAGCAGCCUCCACCACCCCCACCACCCCCUUCAUCUCCGCCGCCGAGCUCGUCAAUCCCGCCGCCUCCGCCGAGUUCACCUCCACCACCUCCUUCUGGUCCUCCAACAAGUAGGAUUAAAGACAGUGGUCCAGAUAGGGGAUUGAAUGAGCGCGAUAGAGUGCCUCCUUCGAAGGAGGGCGUGUCUUCUGGGAGGCGUCAACAUGGGCAUUCAAGUCACGGUGUGCCUCCUAAACAGCAGAAGCUUCCUGUUCCACAAGUGCCGUUGAAGAAAUCAAAUGGUCCUCCAGGGAGAGUGGAGACAGAAGAAGAGAGAAGGCUGAGGAAAAAGAGAGAGUUUGAGAAGCAAAAACAGGAAGAGAAGCAUAGGCAACAAUUGAAGGAAUCACAGAAUUCGGUUUUGCAAAAAACCCAGAUGUUACCUCCGGGCAAGGUGCAUGGUUCCAUUGCGGGGUCACGUAUGGGUGAGAGGAGGGCUACUCCAUUCUUGAGCGGUGAGAGAAUUGAAAAUAGACUCAAGAAGCCAACGACGUUUUUAUGCAAAUUAAAAUUCCGGAAUGAACUUCCAGACCCAAGUGCACAACCAAAGCUAAUGUCAAUGAAGAGAGACAAAGAUCAAUAUUCAAAAUACACAAUCACAUCAUUGGAGAAAACUUACAAACCCAAACUUUUUGUUGAGCCAGAUCUUGGGAUUCCUCUAGACUUACUUGACCUCAGUGUAUACAAUCCUCCAAGUGUUAGACCACCCCUUGCUCCAGAAGAUGAGGAAUUAUUGCGUGAUGAUGAAGCAGUAACCCCUGUAAAAAAAGAUGGCAUUAAAAGAAAAGAGCGACCUACAGAUAAAGGAGUUGCGUGGUUGGUUAAGACGCAGUAUAUAUCUCCUCUUAGCAUGGAGUCAACAAAGCAGUCUCUAACUGAAAAGCAAGCAAAAGAGUUGCGAGAGACGAGGGGAGGUCGCAACAUUUUGGAUGGCCGCAAUGACAGGGAUAGGCAAAUUAAGGAAAUAGAAGCAUCAUUUGAAGCAUGCAAGUCACGUCCUGUUCAUGCCACCAAUAAAAGUUUGUAUCCUGUGGAGGUUCUGCCUUUGUUGCCUGAUUUUGAUCGGGAUGAUGAUCAAUUUGUUGUUGUGGCUUUUGAUAACGCUCCUACUGCUGAGUCAGAGAUCUACAGCAAAUUGGAUCAUUCUGUUCGAGAUGCUCAUGAAUCGCAAGCUAUUAUAAAAAGUUAUAAGGUAACAGGCUCGGAUCCUGCUAACCCAGAGAAAUUUUUGGCGUACAUGGUUCCUUCUCCAGAUGAGCUGGCAAAGGAUAUUUAUGAUGAACAUGAAGAUGUUACAUAUUCUUGGGUUCGUGAGUACCAUUGGGAUGUACGAGGUGAUGAUGCAGAUGACCCGACAACAUACCUUGUUUCCUUUGAUGAAACAGAAGCGCGUUACUUGCCUCUUCCCACAAAACUUGUCUUGAGAAAAAAGAGGGCUAAAGAAGGAAGAACAGGUGAUGAGUUUGAACAUUUUCCAAUACCUUCAAGGGUGACUGUAAGGCGAAGACCAACUGUUUCUGUGGUUGAAUUGAAGGAUGAAGGGGUCUAUUCAAAUCCGAGGGGAGGUUUUUCAAGUUUAAAAAGAGGGUCUGAUGUUGAAGAUGGCCUGGAAAGACCACCUAAGUUGUCACGCCACCAGGACAUUGAUGACUAUAGUGGUGCUGAAGAUGAUUUGUCCGAGUAAUUUCUUUUUGGAUGCAAAUGCAGCUGUCUUUUAAAAGGAAGUGCCUCUAACUCAUGUAGAAUAUUGAAUUAAGGCGAGAUCCUUCAUUUGUAUGUUCAUUCCUACCUUUAUAUAUAUCUAUAUAUAUUGUCAAAUUGUAGCAGGUUUUUAGCCGUUAUAAAUUCAUCAUAAAAGGAAAAAUGGAAAUGUAACAGUGUAAAUUUAAUUUUUAAAUUUACUCGUAUUAGGAUUUUUUUUUUUUUUUGACCUUUUCCUUUUUUUGAUUUGGGGUUGCAAGGAUUCGAACUUGAGUUCGUUGAGCGUCCUGGAAAAAAUUGUGUAAAUUUAAUUAUGUACUUCAAAACUACUCAUUUUUCUUCUUCCUCUUCA